AUGCCUAAGUCAAAGAGAGAUAAAAAAAUUUCCUUAACCAAGACAACCAAAUUGGGUUCUAAAUUGAAACAAUCUGUGAUGGAAAAUCUCCGUGAGGCUGUUAACAAAUAUGAACACAUAUUUGUAUUUCAUACUGAUAACAUGCGAAAUGGUAAAUUAAAAGAUGUGCGAAAUGAAUGGAAAGACAGCAGGUUCUUUUUUGGUAAAAAUAAAGUGAUGUCAUACGCUCUGGGAAAAUCAGCUCAAGAUGAAAUUCAAACUAAUUUACAUAAAUUAGCUCUUCAAAUUGAAGGACAGUGUGGAUUAUUAUUUACAAACCGACCAGUUGAUGAUGUUAUAGAGUGGUUUGAGAACUACUCAGAGCCAGAAUUUCCCAGGGCGGGCAUCAGAGCUGCAUACACAGUAACAUUAGAUGAAGGCCCUCUACCAGACACAUUUAUACAUUCAAUGGAACCUUCAUUAAGACAGCUUGGUUUACCGACAAGUUUACAGCGCGGUGUUAUACAAGUUCUAAAAAGUCAUACAAUAUGUAAAGAAGGAAGCGUUAUCACACCCGAACAGUCUAGACUACUUAAACUUUUUGGACAUAAAAUGGCAGAAUUCAAAAUAGUUUUAAGGUAUGUUUGGUCCAAAGAUGGACAAUUUCGACCUUUGCUUGAUGAGUAA